AUGGCAUCCACCAACACACGCAAGCGGAGACGCGUGACCGACGAUUGUCCUAUUCCUGGUUGGGAUGGUGAUACUAUUGCAGUAACUCCAUAUUGCCCGAACGCCAGCACACCGCCAGUUGAGCAUCCUGAAUCAGCUGGAACUCGCACUGAUAGCAGUGGAGCUCGUCAGACACAGACGGCCCUAGAUAUCAAUGAAUCGACACGUGCUAAAAGAGGCGUGGACUUGACUCUCCCACCACUCUCAAGCAUCGAAGCAUGCAUAUCUCAUAUGGCUGAAAAAGCUGUAGAAUUGGGUCUCCUCGCGUCAAUCGACCAUCUCAAAGGAAGACCAAUUAGGAUAGCUACUAUGUGCUCUGGCACAGAAGCACCUCUGUUAGCCCUUGAUUUGAUAUCUAAAGCCCUCGAGAAGAAAGGUCACCCUCCGAUAAAAUUCCAGCAAGAAUUUUCUGCCGAGAUCGAAGUCAUUAAGCAGGCUUUUAUCGAACGCAACUUCCACCCCAAGAUUCUAUUCAGGGAUGUGAGAGACUUUCUGCGCGAUUGUGCAACCACAGCUACGACGGCAUAUGGCGCGGAAGUAGACAUACCGACAUUAAUAGAUAUACUCAUUGCUGGUUUCGUGUGCAAAGACCUCUCAAGACUGAACAAUCAAGGAAAGACACUAGAAGAAGGUGGCGAGUCGGGCGACACGUGGAUGGCUGUGUACACAUAUGUGAAGCGCUUCCGCCCAAGUCUCGUUCUACUUGAAAACGUCAAGUCAGAAAAGGCGACAUGGGACGAUGUCGUCUUAAGAUUCGGUGAAAUCGGCUACGAAGCUGCUUGGGUGUUCUGCGACACGAAAAACUACUACCUACCUCAAACGAGAGAGCGUAUGUAUAUGGUGGCUAUAGAGCGCAGUCUCUUUGGCGAGGGCGUCGAUCAUGCCGUGGGUCACUGGAAGGAUAUAUUGCAGAAGUUGCAGAGACAGUGCAGCAGCCCAUACGAAGAAUUCCUUCCACAAUCCUUAACGGAAGCCAGUGGGUACAGUGCACCCAAGUCUGAAGUUGACUGGGCGCUCUGCAAGCUCAGAAAUGACCACAUCCGCUCGGAAAAAAGGCUCGGUAUUUUGAGUCCUGUGAGCCGACGGAAUCCGAAUGGAACAGUCAUGCCACCAGAUUUCGCCGAUCGAAAGUUCUACAAUUCUCAAUCAUCUAGAGUUCAUGAUGCCAUCGAUAUUGCUCAUCUUGAAAAUGCACAAAAGGGCUAUGAUUCAUUGUACAAAAUGUCGCUCUGGGACGUGAGUCAAAACGUCGACCGAUUCAGAGCAGAACUGGGCAUUGCCCCUUGCUUGACGCCUAGCGGGCAGGACUUCGCAAGCAAUCGCCAACGCACGUUAAACGGUAGCGAGCUUCUAGUUCUCCAGGGCAUGCCUCUUUCCAACCUCAUACUCGCCAAUGAGACUCAGAGAGACCUUCAAAAUCUAGCCGGAAAUGCCAUGUCGACCACUGUCAUUGGAGCUUCAUUGAUUUCAGCACUAAUCAGUGGCUCUAAAGCUUUUCGGCCGGGGUCUUUGAUGAUUCAACAUGAAGCGUCUGUGGGCGAGACUGCCGUUACACAAGUCCCGGUGGUUAUGCAGCCCAAGUCUAUGCGGAAAACGAGAUUAAAGCCGCGAAGAUACCAACUGGAUCUGAAAGAACUCAGGCGAGAUGCCAAACUCAGUGAGCAAAUGUGCAUUUGCGAAGGAAAGCAUCUCACAACUCGAUCCGGGAUUCGUAUAUGCUCAGAAUGUGGACACUCUGCUUGCACAUCAUGUGCCGGUAACCCUAAGCAUGUCUAUGAAGAGACUGUGCUGAGUGACUCUCGAAAACGAUCGCCGCAUGAUUUCAUUAACCGUUGGCGGCCUGAAUUGCCUGAGCGGCUUCGAUUUGAGCUUUAUCCAAUUCAUCGUCUUGCCUGCGAAGUGCCAGCUUCGGAUCCCAUCCUGAGCUCUUAUCUUCAGCUGUUGUGCGAGGCUCAGAAUUUGUCACGGCAUUUUUGCAUCAAGAAUUUCAUUCGGGAGCACCAGUAUUGGAGGAUUACAUAUGCUGCUCCUCUUGCUUCAGUGGAACUGAGAGUUGGUCGAAAACUCGAAUGGUUUGUUUUUCUCAGAUGCCCUCCCGAUCUUCCUGGAGACAGCCCUUUGCGCAGCUUCCUCAAGUCCCCGAUAGCACACGGCAUUGUCAGCAGAUCGCUGUUUGAUGUAGACUGGAAGGCACGCUUCCCCUGCUCGAAAGAGGUUGAACUACGAAUAAGUGGCUCGAACGAGAGACUGCCUUCAUGGAGGAAUAGACUUGGUCUACAAGACUACAAAGAAGAAACAGUGCCAGCUUUCCUUGAAGUCCAGAGCAGCGCUCUUGAACCAAGCGCUAUUACGGGAAAAUAUGAGCAUCUGCCACAUUGCGGAACAGCUUCCAGCAGCUUGUACAAGAAAUUGGCAGAUGAUUGCAUGUUCUUGUUUCUCGAUCCAGACCCGAUAGGAACCGCGGACCAUGAUAGCUUCGUAUUCAGUCGAGAUCACAGCAAAAAGCACUUCAAUGACAGCCGGAUCACUCCUGCUUCUUUAAAUCCUUCCUGGAGGCCCUGGCACAUUGGCCAAGGAUCUCACACUGUCAAUGCAUCGAUUGCUGACAUUUGGCUUCCUGCUACGCUAGAGCUGCGACCAGCCCGUGUCUCUUUGGACGUGGGUUUUCUUGACGAACAAUCUUUGGGAGACAGCUGUAUUCCAGAAUGCUCACAUGCACUUAUAUUCUUGGAUGUUGUUGUACACCCUUCAGUGGCUGUCCAGAAGGCUUCUUGGAUUUUAGAGCGACCCAGGUCAUUACCAGCAUGCUUUUCCUGGCAGCUAAUUGAUUCAAAAGAUACUGGCGAAUGCCCCUGCGCACCUCCUUAUCCAAAGUUGAACUGGAGUGUGAACGCAAAAGGUGUCGCUACGGCUCAUGAGGACCGUCGAGCUGCAGCUACAUUUGAGCGUGCGAUCAAACAACGUCCGCCAGUAUUCCACCUAGAAACUUCAAGCAGUGCAUCGGGUACACGCCUCCAAGUCGCACUGAACGUAAUGUCUCUGGUACAUCGUGCUCGGAGAAGACUUUCUGGCAUGGAACAAGCUGUGAAAACAUCUUGGAGGUUAGUCACAAACCACAGUAACUCACCUUGCCAAACCUUUGCAAAGUUCAAAUUGCAGAGUAAUGCAAACGACGCUAGCAAAACCAAUGGUGUUGCUCCAACCUACUUGCGCGGCGUCCAGCUUAGGUCUCUGCAAUGGAUGACUGAACAGGAAGUGGGAAGAAAAGUAGCCCUCAUAGAAACAGAAGAAGCGAUCCAUGAAGGGUUAGGUUGGAGAGUCGAAGCCCAGGCAGAGACGGAGCGGUUGGUUCGCGGAGGUGUGCUCGCCGAUCAACCGUCAUUUGGCAAGACUGUCGCCACGAUAGGACUCAUCCAAAACGAAUUUGAUACUAAGACAACCGAGGCUAUCCUUCAAAGCAACCAAUCUUCAAAAGCGACGAGAAUUCCCGGUCUUCUCGACUCGGUUGCAACGCUAGUUGUGUGCCCGCCACAUAUCGCUCAGCAAUGGCGUUCUCAAUUGGAAAAGUUCUUGCCUGCAGAUCAAUUCAAAUCGUACAACGUUCUGGUAAUAGAGAAUCAUGCCGAUAUUGGAGAGCUCAGUAUCGAGGAGCUUUUGGCAAGUAGAGUCGUCGUGGUCUCCUGGACGCUAUUUGCACAAGAAGAAUAUCUAUCAGAACUAGCGCAUGUCGUCGCUUUGCCCGAGCCCAGUAUGGCUAGCCGGCGCGGCGUUGAGGCGUGGAUGAAGCGAGCCUCAAAGGAGAUUCCAAGUCAACUAAGCGUAUACAAGAGUCAUGGCUACCUGGAACUUCAAAGAGUCACAAAGGAACUCAUGAAUGAGCGCCUUCAGCAGCCCGAGUUCAUGGCUACGCUACCAUUGAAGGUUCGGCACGGUAGCGCUUACCAGUCAUUCAGCACUAUACAGUCGACUGAGUGCAUCCCAAAAGCCCCAGAGCUGCUGAAAGAAAAAACUAGGUCUGAUUCGCGCUUGCUCCCUUUGCUUCAUCUUUUCCAGUUCAACAGAAUUGUCGUGGACGAGUACCACUACCUCAGCGAUACAAAGAAGACUGAGAUGAGCAUCAUUGCGACUUCAAUCAAGCAUAUCGCUGCAUACAAACGUUGGCUUCUUUCUGGAACGCCAGCAUUGGCAAACUUCUCCGAUGUCAACCAAAUCGCAAGCUUCCUUGGUAUCAGCCUAGGUCGAUAUUGUCCUGGCGGCAGCGCAGUGACUGGAUCCACCGAGAGAUCCGCAAACAUAGAUCAGACCGAUCUCGAAAGCUUCAUUUCCCAGACAGAAGUUAUGUCUAGACAGUGGCACGAGGCGCGCCACAUGCGAGCCCAGCGGUUUCUUGACGACUUUGUGCGACAAAACGAAGCCGAGCUUCAGCACAUUCCUUGUGUUGAAAACCUUGCACCAGUAAGCCUAGACGCUGCGCACUAUGCCGUCUAUGUAGAGCUCUCUCAGCAUUUAAUUUCUCAACGAAUGCAAAUAAAGAAAACCAAGAAAAACAACGCUGAUAGGGCGAGCAGGCUUAAUGAGAGCCUAGACAAUUCCGCAAGUGCUGAAGACGCUCUCUUAAAGUCAGCCCUGCUUUUCGAGACUGGAGAUGACGAAUCAGGUCUCGAACUUCUGAUGAACAAGAGAUCUCAGCAGUUGCAGAAUACAGAGUCUGAGCUGGUUCAACUAUUAUCAGGCCUUGACCACUUGAUGCAAGGCGAGAAGAGGCGACUUGAUGAGACCAACAGCAAACCAAGUGCCGAACAAAGGAUUACUGAUCUUUACAAUCACUUCAAGAAAGAUAUCAGUAUGUUCAACUGGCUUGGUGAUGAAGAGGCCAGCACUGUGGUUCGGAACAUGCUCGCCAAGGCAAAUGCAUCACCUGCGUUAGGUUUUCCAGAGCUGGUUACAGCGAAGAAGGAACAGCGAUCAAGACUAAGCAAGCAGCGACUUUCUCAGCUACGAGAGGUGUCGCUCGAGUUCGCUCAAAGAAUGAGAUCGCAACGAUUUGUCCAGUCAAUCCGGAAAUAUCUGCAAACCCAAAUGCCUAGCCAAGGAAAUCACUCUCAAUGCAGUUCACCCAGUUGUGCUGGUACUGUGGAGCAAAGCCAACUGUACUUGAUACCCUAUUGCGGGCAUACUGCUUGCAUGGUCUGUCUGGAAUCCAGGCUUGAUGAUGAACGUUGCGUACAUCCGGGGUGUGCUGCUUAUGCGACCGAUACGAACCUGAUCCGCAUGGCAGACCUAGGCUCCGAUGAAGGUCAGACCACUGGGCAAAGCUCUGGGAGGAAGCUCGAUGCGGUCAUCAGCAUUAUAAAUAACAUGCCAAAAUCCGACCAAGCCAUUGUAUUCGCACCGAAUGAAGAGAUUAUCAGCAUCCUCGAGCAGGUUUUCAAACACGCCAACAUACCCUACCUCUUGCCCAGCCGCAACAAGCGAUCUGCACAGGUUAUAGAAGAGUUCAAAUCCAACAACACAAAGAUGAAGAAGAAGUUGUUGGUUCUGAAUCUUGGCAGCGAAUUUGCAGCUGGCGCAAAUCUCACAAACGCUAACCACAUCAUCUUUGUGUCGCCCCUCCUUGCAAGAUCACAAUGCGAGUACGACUCUACUAUGGCGCAGGCCAUUGCACGGAGCCGCCGAUACGGCCAAGAGAAGAAAGUCUACAUCUAUCAUGUCAUUGCUCAACGCACAAUUGAUGUGGACAUUCUCGAGCAUCACCAAAGACGUAGCGAUGCCAUCACUACUAUGAACGCAACGACCCAGAUGGCAGGCUCCUCUUCUUCAAAAAAGGAGAGGACAAGGCUAGUAAGAAAUAGAAAGGGCGAGAUGAUGCUGGUGCCACGGUCCUGGUUGGUUGAUGUCUCUAAGCGGAAAGCCUUGGAUAUUGGGGAAACGCCUGAGAAGUUUACUUCUCUAAUCAGCUUCUCCGAGACCUUUGAGCGAGAUUAUGAUGAAGACGAGUGAUAGGGGCAGUAAGUAUGGGCAUAGACGUAAGCAUGUAUCAAGGACCUUUCGCUAGUUCGUAAAAUGAUCUGCAAUGAAUCUUGAAGCUUCUGU